CUUUUUGUCUGAAAACCAAAACAGAAACAUUCAGUCACAACUAAAAUGGUACAUUAUCAGCAAAAGGGUUUUACCACCGCAAUCAAGCCAAUGCCUUCUUCUGGUGAAAGGCUCAAUUCCUUGCCAUCAUCCAUCGCAAAGAAUGAACAUCAACCUUUAGUUUUCGAUCCAUCGAUCCUUGGAUCAGAAUCCAACAUACCCUCUCAGUUCAUAUGGCCUGACCAUGAGAAACCAUGCCUGGAUGCCCCGGAACUCGCCAUUCCAACGAUUGACAUGAGAGUUAUCUUGCCUGGUGACACUCUUGCUGUCUCAAAGGUUGCAGAGCUUGUCAAUGAAGCAUGCAAGAAGCAUGGAUUUUUUCUGGUCGUAAACCACGGGGUUGAUGCCAGGCUUAUAGAUAAAGCUCACCAGUACAUGGACUUGUUCUUUGGCCUGCAACUCUGUGAGAAGCAACAGGCACAGAGAAAACCAGGAGAAAGCUAUGGGUAUGCGAGUAGCUUCGUUGGCAGGUUCUCCUCCAAGUUGCCAUGGAAAGAAACACUGUCUUUUCGAUAUUGCCCUGACACUCAGAAUAUCGUGGAACAGUAUUUGGUGAGUGUGAUGGGCGAAGAUUUUAGACAUUUCGGGAGGCUUUACCAGGAAUAUUGUGAAGCCAUGAGCAAGCUUUCCCUAGGGAUUAUGGAGCUGCUAGGGUUAAGUCUAGGACUUGACCAAGCUUACUUGAGAGAUUUCUUCCAAGAAGAUGAUUCAAUCUUGAGAUUGAAUCACUAUCCGCCAUGCCAAAAACCAGAGCUGACUCUAGGAACUGGUCCUCACUCCGACCCUACUUCCUUGACAAUCCUUCAUCAGGAUCAGGUGGGUGGCCUUCAGGUGUUGGCUGAUGAAAAGUGGCACUCAGUUUCUCCAAUCCCAGGAGCUUUGGUUGUCAACAUCGGUGACACUUUCAUGGCUCUAUCAAAUGGCAUUUACAAGAGCUGCUUGCAUAGAGCAGUGGUGAAUAGCCAUACAGUGAGAAGAUCUGUUGCUUUCUUCCUGUGUCCCAGGAUGGACAAAGCAGUAACACCACCUGCUGCUUUAGUGAAUCCUGAAAAUCCAAGGAUAUAUCCGAGCUUUACAUGGGCAACUUUGCUCGAAUUUACCCAGAAAAUUUACCGUGCUGACAUGAAAACCCUUGAUUCAUUCUCCAUUUGGCUUCAAGAACAGGAAUCAAACAAAGACAUACCUUGAACUUUUCAUGGUGGGGAAGAAAGAAGCAAUGAGUUUGGUCGAUAAAAGUGAAAUAAAGAGCAAGGAUUUAAAAUGCAAUCACAGCCGAAUUUUAGGUCACAUCUUGUUUAUCGUUGUUACAAACAUAAUGGAUAAAGUAGUAGUAAUAGUAU